CCAGUCACUACGUCAUCAUUCGCUUUGCACCGUCAUGGCGUCUGUCUGUGUUUAUGAGCGGAUGAUAUGCCGUUGACGAAAGUGCUUUCGAGUACUCGAUCGCAGCGGCGUGGGAAAACGGCGAACUGUUCUUGAUGGGUAGUUCUCAAGUCGCUCGCAGCGAUGGAUAUUGACAGUGAUUUGGACCUUAACUUGCUGCAGCAAUUUAGCUGCCUAGGUACGACCGACCGCGAUGUUUUAAUUUGCCAACUUCAGAAGGUACUCGGGUACCAGCUCAACACCACAGAAUGCGCGUUCUUUCUGGACAUGAACAAUUGGAACCUGCAGGCAGCUGUGUGCUCCUAUUUUGAUAUCGACACCCCCAAGGAGAACGGACCCUCCAUGACCCUCGUAAAGGAUGUUACCAUUGGCGAAGGCGAAGCUGUGCCUCCCAAUACGAGGUUUGUCAAGACGUGGAGGAUACAGAACACAGGGGACACUGACUGGCCGCCAGCAUGUUCGCUCAAGUUUGUUGGCGGUGACCACCUAGGGCACAUGAACAGAGUCGGUGUGGAGAGUCUGAGGCCAGGCCACACGACAGACGUUUCUGUGGAAAUGUCGAGUCCUGGAAAGCCGGGUGUAUACCAGGGCCAGUGGCGGAUGUGCACGAUGGGAGGCCAAAUGUUUGGCGAGGUCAUCUGGGCCAUCCUGACAGUGGCUGAAGGGGGUCUGCUGGCGGUCACCCAACAGAUGGAGGCCUUCCACCAGCUAGGCUCUCCAACACACAACAGUGUCUCCUGCCCCACGGCCGUCAAUCCCUUCGCAUCGCCCAAAGCUGCAGAGUUUCCCACAACAUGUGAACAGUCACUCUCACCAUACCCGGGCUUUCCUGUCACCCGCAUUGACUGCCCUGCCGUCUGUGAUGUGCAGAACAGUAGUGAACCUCAUUCUCCCAUGCAGUCCGGCAUCCGUGAUCCGGACAUCCCUGGCGAGACGGUGAUUCAGUGCCCGCCUCCCACGUACGAGCAUGGCCAGGAUGAAAUGAUGUCCUGAGAGAAUGCAUCCAUGGUUGUUGUCAUCUUCUUCUGUGUCCACGCCCCUAACCUUUUCUUGGCUGCUGUGGGGCACCGAAGACGUGGUCCGUCAUGAGUGUGUGCAUCUUUUUCGGUGUGAAGCCCUGAUUUGGCGCGUGCUUGUUUGGUUUCUCGCGUGUGCCUGUGUAGACUUUGAACUGGCAGGCGGCUGAGUGUGUGACUGUCUCUCGCUCUCUCUCUUUUUUAAAGAUUUUUUUUCUCGAUAUAGUGACAGUGUUAUUGAGUGUUCUGGGUUAACUGCUGUGUUGCUUUGUUGAUUUGAGUGCAAAAAGCUACAAACUUGUCAUAUUGCUAUAGUUUUUAAGUGCAGUCUGGUAUUGGGCUAUCUACGCUAAGCCGUGACAACAUAGAAAAUUGACCGAAGCCUCCUGGUACACUGAAUGCGGCCAGCGCUCGAAGUGUGUAAAAUGACCCUUUGCCACAAUUUCAUUGAGAGCAGUGGUGGAUUCAAGCUAGCUUCAAGCAGCCACAUCGCGCUCUAUCACAUCUGCCCCAUAAAGAAGCACUUUCUUUUCCAUUCUUUCUCAAAAAUCACAUGCCGCUGACAUCACCUGACGCCAUUAGCAUUGCUGGCGUAACAUUUUUGAAGAGAAAACACUCUCGUGACAGAUGUCAGUGCCGUGACUGUGACAGAUGUCAGUGCCGUGACUGUGACAUGACCAGUUGCUUAAUUUAAUGGCUGUGUGAAAAAUGCCACUGUGCAAACUGACACAAAGUAAUGAGUAGGAUGUGCAAGUAUUUGCGUCAAGUCCAUGUUUGUGAGGUACUAUUGAUGCACAGUGGUUGACUUGGCUUGGGAAGCUAGCAAUUUUAGAAAGUUAUGUACUCCAAGGAAAGCAUUGCAAAUUUUGCAGAUUUAGCAAAUAGUAGCUGUAUAACAUUAAGCAUAUACUCUUUGUCCGUCAGCUGCAGUUCUUGGUAUCACUGAAUACGAAUUGAGCCACUUGGCUCAAUUCAAAAGUUCAAAGUAGCACAGUGCAACUUCACAAGUGAGUGUGUCAUUUUGUUGCUGUGGUCAGUGCAGCCGGACUUCGGCUGUUGGCUAACUUUGGAGUCUUGAGUGAGUAGCUUUGGACUAUCGAGUGAAUCCCAAAAGUUUGUUGCGUCCGCUCAGGCUGUGUUCCCUACGAGUGGGGAGACUAUUGCGUUUGCAGCUUUGGGUGACAGGUGUGACUUCUGCUGUGUUCUGCGUGCGAUUCCAUUUUUGCUGAGCAUGUGAGUGCAAGUGUUUUUGUACAGCAAAAACUAAUUUUGAGGCUUAUAGAGACAGCAGCGGCGAUUGCCAGUGGAACAUGAUUGGUUUGCUUUUGCAUAACUUUUGUUUCACUCUGCAGUGGGGGCGGCAAGAAGUGCUGAUGCAGAACAGCCGAAUAUUUCUUAUUUGCGUUGCUGGAUACUUACCCUUGUUUCGUGUUAAAAUGGUCGUGAAAUUGAAGUGCUGUUUGAAGUUUUCUUUAAAUGUGUGGGGCUGACUGUGCUAUACGGGAAUACUCGUGUUUUAGUUUUUUGCUGUCCGUUCAAGGCAUUGAGUACUGGAACAAAAUUUAUGGCUUAGAAACUUUUGGAUGCUACUUGGUAGCAAGCUUAUCCUGCAGGAAUGUUUUUGUCAUUUGUUCUUGUGCUCCCCUUUCAAUUGUGAACAUCUUUUUAAUACGCUGCUGUAAUUCUUUUGUUUCCAGUGGUCGAGAAGCAAUUCCUCUUCAGUUGCCGUUUUUUAGCUCGGUAACAUUAAUUUUUAGCAGAUAGCUAGACAAAUGGCUAGAAGCAGUUGGCUAAAGGCGUAGCCAGCAACAGCACUCAAGUUCAGAGCAAGUUAGUGUACUUUUCGUUCAUUGCUUGGAGACACAGGUGCAACAUAUGUCUAGCAGAGUGAACCCAAGUUGCACGUCCAGGUCUUCACCAGCAUAUUUUUGUCGCCUGCCAUGCGUUUUUGUGCAAAACUCAUGCAUGUCUCUUUCUUGUCCAACAUUUGAAAAUGGAGUUAUAUGAAAUAGGUGUAUGUAUUAAGAUUUUCGUUGCCGUAAUUUUUCACUAAUAUUGUUGUGAAUGUUGACCUCAUGCAACAUGGUAGUCUGUUGCAAGAAGGCCUCGAAAGUGUAGUUCUCUACUUGCAGUCCAUUGGACUUCCCAGUAGUUGUGCAGUCCACAUAGUGUUUAUAUGCCAUCCCGAACUCUUAAUUAUUCUUCUCCUGGAGAGUAUGCAGGUGUAGUUUGUGAGUAGCUGUACUUCUAGGGUUUGACACGAACAAGGAGAUUUUAUACUAUGGGUGCUUGUUUCUUCCCGAUUUCCCCCUACUAGGGUACUACCUGUCAAUAACGUUUCAUGCUGCAGGAAACUUCUUUGUGAAGAGUUUUCUGGAAAGUGGAAAUGUCAUUUGGUUUUUAUAAAACUGAUUGCAACAGCCA